UUGAACCUCCUUCCUGGCAGCCCUAAACUUUUUAGCAAAGUCUGGUAGCGUUUCAGUCUGUUAAUUAUUUAUCCCGGUUCGACAAGUUUGUUCCAAAAUCUGAAACCUCGCCCUUAUGAUAGAAGCAACACACGUGAAACCAGUGUUUCACAGGUUGUCAUUUCACGCGCAACCUGUUGUUCGCCACAACGAGCGCCGCUCCGAAACAACGCGGGAGCCCAGGAUGAAAGUGGGCCACGCAGCAGGACCGGUACCACCGAACCGGCGGCGAACCGGCGGCACCCACGCUGCUUCGGCGCGCGACAAGUGCCUGGGAUUGCGUUGUGCAACGCGUCGACGACUCACGAAUAAACAAUGAGCGCAUUUUCCUUUCUCGGUGGCACAUUCUGACUGCAAGUGGAAGUGAGUGUAGGUGACAGCGCCGCGCCUCCGGACGGACGCCGGGCUUUUACAGCGGCGGGGAAGUUUGUGCGUCUCAAAUGUCAGCGUCAGGAUAUAAAAGGCGCUCAGCGUCACACAAACGCCACUUGCCCUGGACGUUGAUAACAAGAUGAAGUGUCUCAUCUUCAGCGUCUUCUGUGUAGUUCUACAAGUCCGCUGCCAAAAUCCGAAGAAUCACUGGACUCUGCUCCCGAACAUCCUGGUUGUGGAGGUGGACGGCUCCGUGGGGCAGCUCCCGCUGACCUGUCUGUCGGGACGCGAGCUGCCGAGGCGGAGCAGCGAGCCGCAGGACAUCUACUGGAGGAGGAACGGCGUGGACGAGGGGCGGAGAGGGAACUCGUACCUCGUGCAGCUGGAGGAAAGCCUCGGAGGCGGCAACUACAGCUGCCACAGCAGGAACGGCUCCCUGCUGAAUCACACCGAGGUCCUGAUCCGAGAGGACAGGACCACGAGGAGGAAGAUUCUGGUCAAGUCUCAACAAGGGGAUUACCUGAAGUGCGCGGCUCACAAUUACAGCGGGGAGUUCCGGUGCUGGUGGACCUGGCACGCCAGUCGGGUCGGCAGCGUGGCGUUCAUCAGGGUGCAGCGGGUGUCGGACGCGGCCGCCCGCUGCUCCGCGGACGCCGGCGGCGGCGGCGCCGGCGCCGGGCGCUGGGCCUGCUCCACGGCCGACGGCAGCUUCCUGUGCGCGGUGGACGCCGGCGGCCGCGGCGUCUCCUGCGCCGACCGGCAGCACUGCCCCUACGGCGAGGAGAGCAGGCGCAUCCUGCUCACCGUGUUCCUGAGGACCCGCCACUUCCUGCUGGAGGACUACUCCAAGGACUUCCUGCUGUCUGACAUAGUAAAACCUGACCAGGUGAGGAUCAGCGCAGUCAACUCGAAUGUGAUAGAGUGGAGUUACCCGAGUUCCUGGAGCAGCCCCUACUCCUACUUUCCCCUCACUUUUGAGAUUGCACAGCUGAGGGGAAGGUGCAAAAGAUGUGAAAACCCAUGCAGUGACUCAAAAGCCACCAAGACCUUGACAGUCCACUCUGGCCGGGUCUGUCAGACUGAAGUGAAGCACAAGGUCAAGGCCGUCUGCAUCCGAGCGAAGGAUGCGCUCUGCAACUCGCAGUGGAGCGAGUGGAGCCACUUCAGGCUGAAGAGAGGAGGAAAAAGGAACAGACAGAGAAACCAAAGGCGAUCGUGAAAGACGAUUUCCAACAGUCGGCACUGAAAUUUCAUUUGUAUUUAACGGAUUUAUUAUAUUCCUAUUUAUCUUGUAUUAUGCAACUAUUUCCAUGAAUAUUUUAUUUUCAUUUCCUCCAUCCUUAGCACCAAAUCACACCACCACGUUCUUCUUUGAGCAGCUUUUUACUCAAAGCCGUGUGUGUCCUGUUUUUGGAGAACAGAAAAACGCAACAGGUGUUUGUAGUUGACCAACAUUCAACCCGUUUGAUCCGUAAACACUUUUUAUGGCUCUCUUCCAACCACUUUAGUGAGAGCGUGGCUUUUGGUUGAGACUCACCUGUCAUCAUCACACACUGGUUCCCUUCAGCUGGAGGAAGCUGCGGUACAUAUUCCCCAGCUUCGUGCUGGAGAAGUUUAUUAAUAUCAUAAUAAUGAAUGAAUUGUCACGUAUCUGCUUUACUUUAUUUAAGAUGUGGUGGAGUGAAUAGCAUGUGUACAUGUCUUUUUGAGAAAUAAAAGGAUAUAUCUAUAAGA